AUGAGCUUCCUCCUCGCGUCCUACCGCUGGAUCCAAUCCCAGCGCCAAGAACUGCCCUACCCAACGCAAGACCUCACAGGCAAAACCAUCAUCGUAACAGGCGCCAACUCGGGUCUGGGCCGCGAAGCAGCGCGGCACUUUGCGCGGCUCAAUGCGCGGGUAAUCCUAGCGUGUCGGAACCGGAGCAAAGGCGAGGCGGCGCUCGCAGACAUCCGUGGCAGCUUAACCGGGACGGGAACGCCGCUGCUGGAGGUAUGGGAUUUGGACCUGGAGAGCCACCAGAGCGCCGAGGAGUUUCUUGCCAGGGCGGAGCGGGAGCUGGACAGGGUGGACGUGCUAGUGAAUAAUGCGAGCGUGGCGAUGGGGAAGUGGGAGGUCGUGGAGGGGAGGGAGGCGACGGUUACGGUGAAUGUUGUUUCGACGUUUCUGUUGACGGUGGGUUUGUUGGGGUUGUUGGGGAAGACGGCGGCGAGGUUUAAUGCCGAUACGCGGGUUGUUGUUGUUUCUUCGGAGGGAGCUGCUGCGGCUAAAUUCAAAGAGCGCAACGAAGCCAACAUCUUCAACGCCCUCCAAAACGAAGCCUAUUUCCAAGACCGCUACUUCACCAGCAAACUCCUCCAACUCAUCUGCGCCCGCAAGCUCGCAUCCACCUUACCCCCGGAAAGAGGAAUCAUCGUCACGUCUCUGAGCCCAGGCCUUUGCAACACCGAUCUCUUCCGGAACGCCCCGUGGUUCGCGCGGUGGAUACUCGGCGCCAUGCUGAGCCUGGUGGGGCGGUCGGCGGAGAUGGGAUCGCGCACGUUGGUGAGCGGCGCGUUGGCCGGGAGUGAGAUGCAUGGGGAGUAUAUGAGGCAUUGUGGGAGGGCGGAGUAUCCCGGGGUCGUGGAAGGGGAGGAGGGAGAGGCUUUGAUGGGGAGGGUUUGGGGGGAGUUGUUGGGGGUUUUGGAGGAGGUGAGGCCUGGUGUUACGAAGGGGUUGACGGGAUGA